AUGGUUUCAUUUUUACAAGACCAAUGGAAAUGUCAUGAUUUAGCGCCACACCAAUAUUGUGUAGUUACAUUAAAUAGUACCUUCAACAACCAAUUAGAUCAUACCUCCAACCAAGUUGUUUUGGGAGACACUUCCACCCUAAAAAUCGAGGGUUACAGUAAUAACACCUUCAUAAAAGACGGUAGUAAAAUUAAAGUUACUACUUUUUAUAAUGGUACUGAUAUUGAUUAUAGCAUCGUAGAUUUCUGUUCAACCUUCACCGUAAUAUGUUUACUUGAUAAUGACAAUAAUGAAGAUUAUAAUGUUACUACUGCUACUACAACUUCACCUUUCAUUGAUAGUCCCUAUUACCCUUACAAUUUCAAUUAUAUACAAACCACUUUCAUUUCCCGCCCACCUGCUAAUGUAAUUGAUGCUGAAUUUCAACAACUUAUUCUUGUUGCUGAUCCUGAUGACAAUACAAUAGGGUGCACAAAUAUGAAUGUUACCGUUAUUAAUUCUCCUGCAAAAAAGCCAACAAAUCUAAAAAUUCCAACAAAGCCAAAAGUGUAA